AUGACGGAGACUAGCAGCCGAGUCUCAUCGAGAGGCCGAAGAGGGCCGAAGAUCGCUUCCUCGUCGUCUUCACGCAGAGCCGUUCGAGGCGAAGAGAAGGCCGACGCCCGCCGGUCGCGCGCGAUCCGAAGAGGCGUCGCCGCCGAGGCGAGAGGCGCCGAGGGCGAUGAAAACGAGCCCGCGGCGCCUCCUCAGGAGGCUGGCGAGGGUCCGCGAAGGCGAAGAGGCGCGAAGCACUCCUCAGGCGGGAAGUCGUCUCCUUCCUCCGUGGUGUCUUCUGGCUGCGGGUCGCCGUCUUCCUACGCUGUGGAGGGCCUGCAAAACCGCCCAUACGCGCCUGUACCCUCUUUCGCCUCUUCUCCUUCGUCGUCAGCGCCCUCAAGUCCGGCUGGAAGGCACCAUGUCCCUCAGCGGGAGACGCAGGCCAGGAUCCCCAGAGUGGAGACAGGAGAGGCCUGCACAGGAAGGCUCUCCACGCCUGACGCCUCGCCCUCUCGUGGCUCGCCCCCUCCGUGGAGGGUGCCGCCGUCUGCGCCGUCUCCCCCCUUUUCUGCGUCGUUUUCGGCCUCUUCGCUGUUGCCACAGAAUCGGCAAGAUCUGCUGUUGUCUCCGCCCGCACACUCCACAAUGGCCGCGCGGCUGAAGGGCGCGCCGAGUCUGCAGACUGCCGCGGACGGAGGUGUCUCCACUGUGGGCUUCGAGCCCACAGCGUUCUUGGGCGCUUUCCAGAACGAGGCGCGAGGGAAUUUCGCCCCUCUCGACUCCGCGCAAAGUUUGCAGGAAACUGCGUCGCAGCGGCCGUCCAUGCUGGUCCGCUCCGUGGGCUCUCGAGCCCCAACGUUCCUGCGACCGCGUCUCCUCCGCCCGCUCCUGCCGCCUGGAGCCCAAUCGACCGACAUGGAGGCGGUCGGGGUGCCUCCGGGCUCCACGCUGGGCGAAGGGCCAGACGGCCGACACGAAGAAGGGGACGACGAGCUGCCCCCAGGAGAGACAGACGACGACGAGGCGCAGGCGAACAUGAAGGCGAUGCGAGAAGCGCGGGACGGAGCCCGGAAAGGUCGCGGCAGCGAAGAAACUGGAGGAAGUCGGCCCGCCGGGAGGCGCGUCGGAUUCGCCAGCCUGCGUACGUUUGACAAGACGAACAAGGUCUUCCAACUGUCGGCGGAAGAAGAGGCGAGUCUUCUGCGCCUCGCGGAGCAGCAGCAUGAGCAUCUGUUCGCCGACGAGUCGAAGCGGCGGUGGCUCCAACAGUGGGUGGAGCCCUCCCAGUCAGGUGUCCCUGGCUCUUCGGGCUUGUCUCUGUCGGGGCGCCCGCGCCCGACGUUCUUCAUCUCGCCCAGCCCCGUGUGGGGUGCUCCUUUGCCGGCCCUCGCGGAGGAGUUAACAAAGAAGAAGCUGCCUCUUCCCGCGGCGUCAAAAAGCGUCCGGAGGCUUACGCCCCGGCCGGCUUCUCUCGUCGCAGCUUCGCAGGCUGGUGAGACACUGCCAGGGGACGCCGCCGCGGCCGUCCAGCCUCCUGGCCCCGCUGCGGAGACAGGAGGCGCGCCCGCGCCGGAAGUGGAGCCCAUCGUGGGCCUGCCAGAACAGAAGAGGACAAAGCCCAGAGUUUGCGAGGAGGUGACGCCCUGGAUCAAGGCCGAUGACGAGGCCGAAGCUCCGACAGCAACAGAGAGAGUAGUCGAAGACGGAGGGCAUGCAGGGAGACGCGGAGAGUUGGGAGCGGAAACAGACGGCCUUGUGGCGGACGCAGAGAUAGCGAAAGAGGCGCGGCCAUCACAACCAAUACCCGGAAGGCCGCGGCGCGUUACCAUUCCUAAAGGAGCCUUCAAAAGCCACGAGGCCGUGCGCCAAGGCCAAGCCCCCGUGGUUCUCCGUCUGUUCUCCUCUGCGCGUGGCUGGGGCCCAGGGCACUCGCCGCCAGAUGCGGACUCGGCCUCUGCUCCGUCUUCGCCAUCGUCGUCCCCUCCGCCGAGCGACGCGGCUGCGUCUCAAACGCCCGCGUUCCCAUCUUCCGUCUCUCCAUCCUCGCCUCCCUCUCCAGGAUCUGUCGUGGUCUGCGCUAAACUCGACGCGACAGGCCUAGCGUCUCCCUCUUCCUCUGUGCGCGCCACGCUCGAAAUCAAGGCACCCCCUCCCAGGCCUGACAGUGGACCGGAGGUGUCCCCACCUUUGAGCUCCAAAGGCGCAGCCGAGACACGGGCGCGCCUGGCGGGGGAACCGGGCGGCAACAAUGUCCUCAUAGAAGAGGAGGCAUGUGCUGCCGGGAUAGACACUGUGCUGGAGGCGGCAGAGGAAGAAACUGAGGUCGCAAGGGAAAGGAAACUUAUGCUGUUCAUCUGCAAUCUAGAACAGGCGAUCUCGCAGUGGGCGGCCGCAGCCACACUCUGUCACCAUACGCUGGUCCCCGCCGGCGAAGAGCCAACUGCAAAGAGCGAUGAUCCAGAAGAAGGCGAAGCCGCAGGAAACACAGAGGCGAGCAGUCCAGAGAGCCAAGCGAAACGUGUUCCCUCAGGAACGCGUAAUCGAUCGAUAAGACAGUCAGGGGGACGCUCACCGCCUCCGUCAUCUGCUCCACUGCCCUCCCUUGUGCAAGACGCAAAGAAUCUUCCCUCUUUCUGGCGCGCCGUUCUGCCAGUGAAGCCGGUGGAUAUGCCCUUGGAGGAAUUCGUCGUCUGGUGUCAGCGGCCCUUCGGGAUGGACGUGCGGGAGUAUCUCCGUCUCCUCGCGAGCGGUAAGGCCGGCGAGGUCGACGAGCUGCAGCUCGAGUCUGCCGCGCGGGCGCCGGCGCUGGAGGGCGAGAAGGAAGCCGAGCCGUCCUUACUUUCGGUCGUUCCACCAACGCAUCCAGACGCAUCGUCCACUGCCGAGCGGCUCUCGCUUGCUCCUGCGUCUCCUCCAGCGGCUUCUCAUCCGUUUCUGCAGCCCCGAACCUUCGAGGCGGCGUCGUCGGUGUCGCCUCGCUCUCAGUCGCCGCCUUUGCCUCGACCUCAAUCGUCGUCUUCGGCUGUCUCCGCUUCGUCGUCGUCGGCAGUCUCCGCGGCGCGCGGCGGCUCGGACGCGUUUUCCUCUGCGCGCGUGUGGGCGAAGCUCUACAGCUGGAGCGAGAGGAAUAUCGCGGCUCUCGCUAAGGUGCUGGACAGCUACGUGGCCUUCGACGAGGAGCGCCGGCGCGCCCUGAAGAAGCAGCGCCUCCUUCAGAGGCAAUUCGCCAUCUACAACAAACUCUGCACAACUAUGCGGCGGAACUUCACAGCGCUGCUUCCACGACAGCUCCGGACUAUCCGCGCGGGGAUGUUUUUUACCAUUUCGCAGAGCGCGCUCUCGCACGGGCGUCUGCUGAACCUCGUUUCGUGGCAGCCUGCAGAUGCGCAGCCGCUUCCCUUCUCGUCCCUCAUUUUCGCGUCGCCGUCGGCGAGCCCUGUCUCCGUCCGAAGGCGCGGCAGGGGCGAGCUCCCUAGCGAGGAAGGCGGCACCGUCGCGGACGGUCAGAAGAACGAGAAAGAGGAGUCGCGAAGCGAAGCGGGAAGAGGCGUUCCAAAGCCGCGUGUCGAGGACAGCGAGAAUGAACGAAAACGGAGGAGAAAAACCGUCGAUUUCUGCGACGUUCUGCAGCCCCGGGCAUUCUCUCCAGCUGCGUCGUCCGCCUCUCGGCCGUCGGCCGGAAACGAGGGCGACGCGAUGCCCACCCCUCUGAGGACGACCAAAGGCGCGCGCCUCUCUGGCGAUCGCAUCCUCCACCAGCGGGGCCUGGUGGCUGCCGAGUACUACGCGGAUCGAGAGGCGCUACUCCGCGAGAUCGGCUCUUCGUUUCCCUCUCUCUCUGUCACAGACGGACAGCGAGAGGAAGAAGGCGCGAGGGACGCGUUUUCGCAGGCGUUCGAGUCUAGAGCGCCGGGGGCCGCGCACACGCGCGUCGGGAACGUUUUCUACUACCAGCGCGCGCUCGACGCCCUCGAGCGAAGAUUCCUGGACAUGAACGGCGGCGCCCAGCGACAGCGGGAUCGCCAGCAGGCCACUGCCGAGUUUGGCCUCUUUCCGCCGGCCCCUGGAGAAAUUCCUCGUGGAUGCCAGGUCUGGCGCUGCCUGAGUCUCACUCACUCGAGCGUCCUCUGGCUGCUCUUCCACGAGGCCUCGGCGUCUCUCUUGGUCAUGCGCGUCUCGCGCCUCCAGCCUCACACCCAAAUCCGCACGCUGCUCGACCUGCGAGGCGGCGCCAGCGCCUUCUGCCGCUUCCUCUCUUCGCUGGGCCUGACGCUUCCCUCCCCGCCGUCUGCGGAGACCGGACGGGGUUCGGCAGAGGCUUCGUCGGCCGUCACGGCGGCUGAAGGCCGCGCCGAGCGAGGUGGAGACAAAGAAGGGAUACUCGGAGUAGUUUCCUCGUCUGUGCGUGAUGAAACGAACGUGGAGAGCUCUCUCAGCGGCCAUGAGCAGACCCUCAUUCGCGAGGCGUUGGAACGCGCGCUGGCAACGGCGCGGCGUCUGGAGGCGGGCGGCGAUGACGCUGAGGGGCCGCGAAGCAGGCGCGCGAGAGCGAGCGAAGGAAAGGAUCAUGAGCGAGACGACGAAGGAGACGACGACGCGCCGCCUGCGGCUGGACAGAAAACGGGCAGCCUCAUCGCCGCCAAGGACGCGUACCUUGUCGGCGAUCAGCUCGUCGAGAUCGCGCCUCACUUUGAAGACGUCUCGCUAGCGGAGCACUUGGAGAAGCACGGCGUAUACAAGGGGGAACGCGACGUGCAGCGUGUCCGCCAGAUUGCUUUCCUCCUUACCAGGUUAGUCGAAGAGGCUCCCGAUCGCUCUGUGCUGCUGCCUCUGAAGACGUCGCGGGUGUAUCUGCGCCAGCGCCGCCUCGCGCUCUACGUGGGCGUGCCUGCCUCGGCCGCGUGCGCGCCCUUUUCCUCUUUUCUAGCCGACCGCGGUCCUUCUGGCGCGUCUUCUGCUUCCCCACUCCCUCCAAGCAAGCGCGAGGCGAGCGCCGAGAGGGCGGGGAAAGACGCAAAGUCGAACCAAGGCGAGGCGCGCGUCGUCGAUCGGAUGCCUCGAGGAGCAGCGCGAAGCGAAGAGCUAGCCUACGUCCUCGCGCGCGACUUCGGUCUCGCGCUGCUUGACGCCCUGCGCCGCCCGACGGUCGCCUCCGCCCUGGGAUGGACUGAGUCUCUCGAGAGUUGCUUGCCGCCGGAGUGCUUCCCUGCGGAGCGGCUCUUUUUGUCGCCCGGGAAGGCGGCAGCGACGCCGUGGACGCAGUUCCCGCCGCCACCCAGCUCGCUCUCUCUCCCGCUCUACCCCACUCGCGAGGAGGAUGUCUCAAAGGCUCAUACUUGGAUGCUUGGCGUGCUGCUCUACCGGAUCUUGUGUGGCGAGGAGAAGAAGAGUCUCUCCGUGUCAAAAGAGCCGGAGUUUACUUCUUUUUCGGACUCUGACAGCGCAUGCGCGUUCGACCUCUCGGCCUGCGCAGACCAACGCGCGAGGAGUUUCCUCGCGUUCUGUCUGAAUCCUGACCCCCGCCGUCGUCCCCUGGUCGCGGAGUUGCGGCGGCACCCGUUCCUUGCAGAGCUCGCGGAGGCUGCUCAGCGGCGGCAGUGCUUGUGCGACGCGGAGAAGCACGCGUUGUCUUCGCUGUCUGAGGAGGAGCGAGAUGACGACAGGGGGAAGAGCGAAGAGCGCGCGAGGCGGCCGACGGGUAGCGGUGCGCGCCACAAAGGCAGAGAAGCGGCGGACGCGUCCUUCUCGGCUCUCGAAUACGGUGGCAGCUUCGACGAGCCGCUGCAAAGCGACGAGAGCGGAGACGAUGGCGACGCGCUGCUGGAGCCGAACGCAAGCGCCGCGAGUGCCUCCUCGCCCGCCGCGUGCGGCGUACUUGUCGCGGAAGACCCUAAAGGUUCGCGCACACCGCGAGCGCGUCCUCCGAGAGGCGCAGAGGGGGCUGUGAGUGAGGCGCGCGAGAGCGGAAGGGCUGGGCGGGCGCCUGGCGGCGAACGAACGCCCACGAGGAGCGAAUGGCGCAGACGAAAAGGCAGCUGCAGUUCCUCGGAUGCGUCGCCCGUGGCCUCGGCGAGGCGCCGCCGAAGCGCCGGCGCUGCGGCCGCGCUUCGAGACGGGCGCGCGGGGAGCUUGAGACGGAGCCGCGUCGCGUCGUUCUCUUCGUUCUCCCUCUUCUCUCCGCACUCCUCAGCCGCGCCACGAAAUGAAGACGCGCGGGAAGGCCGAGGAGCUGCGAGGGUGGAAGUUCGCGAGUCCGAGUCCGCAGCGCGUCGCCUUGCCGCGGAGCGUGGCGAAGGAGAACAAAGAAGCGCAGAGAGCAGAAACCGAGGGCGAGGGGCUCCGCCAGCGACAGACCACGCAGCCGGAGGGGCGCGAGAGCCAAGCGCGCACGGCAGAGAGGAUACGGACGAGCAGAGGGGCCAUGCGGAAGCGAGAAACGGAAGCUCGCCAUUCAGGAAGUCGCCCCGGUCCAAAGAAGAACGCUGUCAACGCUCAGCGGUCGCCAGAGGCAGAGACGAAGAGGGACGAGUGGAGGGAGCCGUGCAGGACCGCUGGCGAGCUCAGACAAAGCUGGACGCCGCGGGGCGCGGGAAUGCGGCGGGGGAGCACUCGCCGCAGAAGCGAGGGCAGGGACGGCUCUCGGAUCUCUCCUCAGCGGCGUCGCCGACCAAAGGAAGUCGGCUCAGACGACGGAGCCAGGUGCGUAAAGACGAACUUCCCGAACCCGCGGAGGCGGAACGAGAGCAGACGCGGCGCGCGAGCGUCAGGAUGCCCGCUGCUGGCUCUGCGCAGCGUUCGCGCCGCGCGCGGCUGACGCGUGCGUCGUCCUACACCUCUUCGCCCUCGCCCUCGCUCAGUCGCCGGCGGAGCGGGUCUCUGUCAGAGCGCAAGAACCGCCGUGAGCGCGAGCGAGAGGACCCGAAAGCGGCGGGCGGCGACACGCGCGGGCGGCUCUCGGCGAUGCGCGCGCGGUCUUCUUCUUCCUCGUUCUACGCGAAACAGGAGGACGGCUCCCCGUCGCCGCAGCGGCGGAAGAAGCGAGGCGGCGAGCAUGUCGAGGCGCUGCUGUCUCGGAAGCAAAGAGAACGCGGCAGCGGGAGAAACACGCGGCUGCUGGCGUGCUGCGAGGCGCUCUUCGGCGAUGUGGAGCGCAUGGUGCCAGAGCUCAUCGGCAGGCAGAGAGAGGGGCGCGAAGAGGACGGUGUCGCGUUCUACGGCGGCAACGACCCGCUGCGCAUCGGGUUCCCCAGCGAGGACGACGAAGACGAAGACUGGCAAGAAGGCCCACACGACGAUGCAGACGAGGAGGACGACCAAGCACAAGAAGAAGACGAAGAGGAGGAAGACGCGUGA